AUGACCCGCGGAAACCAGAGGGACAGAGACCGUGAGAAGGCCCUCAAGGCCAAGGCCAAGCAGAAGGGGGGGAAUACCUUGAGUGGCACCGAGUUCCAGCGCGCAAAGGAAAACAACGCUGCGAUCAUGCGCGCAAAACAGGCAGCGGCGGACGCGAAAAGGGCAGCCGAAGCAGCAGCAGGGAAAAAGAAGUAA